AUGAAAUAUUCAGUGCUCUCAAGUGCGGCUCUUGUCGCCCCUGCCCUGGGAAAUCCAGCCUACUACUGGCGGCAAUAUCUCUCUCAUCCAAUCUAUCCUGCUGAUGCUGGUACUGUUAAGAUUGAAAAUUCUACACCAUUUAACAUCCAAGUGGAUGCAGAACCACUGGGAGAUCACUUCACUAUUCCGCCUGGGCAACCUGGCUCAGUUCCAGGCGCAUUUUCUGAGGAUGUGAAAUUUAAUGAACAGGUAGAAGUGAGCUAUGUCUCUGGUUAUGUCUACUGUGGCACCACCCCAGCCUCUGCAGGGUCUACUCCUGCCGGCACUGCUCCUACUGGCACCAGUAGUGGCACGCCGGCUACAGGCGGCGACCACCUGUCAGCUCUGAAAGCCUACGUCAGCGCCACAGUCAUCAGGCAUGGCUUCUCAGUCGACUUCAAAUUCCGGCCUGAGCAGGCGGAUCAGCUUAUCGCUGAUAUCGCCCAGACCAUUUGGCACGACCUGCAUAGAGAUCUCAGUUAA